AACCGGGAAGCUGCGGGUUGAGCUGUAGAGCAGCGAUUCGGGGCGGCGGACGGGGUGAGCGCGCGCGCGUCUCCGCAUCGGGCUCGCUGUGUUUCUCUCUCGCGCUUCUCUCGCCACGUUUCGGUUCCGCCGCUUCCCGUCCCCCCGCCGGCUCUCCAGCCGCCUCUCAGCCUCCAAACAUGGCCGACCCAGCGGCGCCCGGCGACGCGGAGAGCGAGGGCGGCGCGCGGGGCUUUGCCAGGCAGGGCGCGCUCCGGCAGAAGAACGUGCACGAGGUGAAGGACCACAAGUUCAUCGCGCGCUUCUUCAAGCAGCCCACCUUCUGCAGCCACUGCACCGACUUCAUCUGGGGUUUCGGCAAACAAGGCUUCCAGUGCCAAGUGUGUUGUUUCGUGGUGCAUAAACGCUGCCAUGAGUUCGUUACUUUCUCCUGCCCAGGAGCAGACAAAGGUCCUGCAUCAGAUGACCCUCGCAGUAAACACAAAUUUAAGGUACACACAUACUCCAGUCCUACAUUCUGCGACCACUGCGGAUCCCUGCUUUAUGGACUUAUACACCAGGGGAUGAAAUGUGACAACUGCAUGAUGAAUAUUCAUAAGCGAUGUGUGACCAAUGUCCCCAGCCUGUGUGGGACGGAUCACACGGAGAGGAGAGGACGACUGCAUAUCAGCGCUGUUAUAAAAGAAGGCACGCUCACCGUGACCAUCGGGGAUGCUCGUAACUUGGUGCCCAUGGACCCCAAUGGUUUGUCGGACCCGUAUGUGAAGCUUAAGCUUAUCCCGGACCCCAAGAGUGAGAGCAAGCAGAAGACCAAAACCAUCAAGUGCUCCCUGAAUCCCACCUUUAAUGAAACCUUCACUUUUCAUCUACGGGAGACGGAUAAUAACCGGCGUCUGUCUGUGGAGGUGUGGGACUGGGAUCUGACCAGCAGGAAUGACUUCAUGGGCUCUCUCUCUUUUGGUAUCUCUGAGCUCCAGAAAAAAGGGGUCAGUGGCUGGUAUAAAUUGUUGGGCCAAGAAGAAGGGGAGUAUUUUAACGUUCCAGUUCAGCCGGAUGGAGAGGAAGGCAACGAUGAACUGCGUCAGAAAUUUGAGAGGGCCAGGAUUGGUCCAGGCAAUAAGAAUACCGACAGUUCAUCGUCCAACGACAUCUCCAAAUACGAUGCUAAUGGCAACCAGGAUCGAGUGAAACUCUCAGAUUUCAAUUUUGUCAUGGUGCUUGGCAAAGGAAGCUUUGGAAAGGUGAUGCUGGCGGAGCGUAAGGGAACGGACGAGCUGUACGCAGUGAAGAUCCUGAAGAAGGACGUGGUGAUACAGGACGAUGAUGUGGAGUGUACGAUGGUGGAGAAGAGAGUUCUUGCUCUGUCUGGAAAGCCUCCUUUCCUCACGCAGCUGCACUCCUGCUUUCAGACCAUGGAUCGCCUGUAUUUUGUGAUGGAGUACAUUAAUGGUGGGGACCUGAUGUACCAGAUACAGCAAGUAGGGAAGUUUAAGGAACCACAUGCUGUGUUCUAUGCUGCUGAGAUUGCUAUUGGUCUAUUCUUCCUCCAUUCAAAAGGCAUCAUUUAUAGAGAUCUAAAGCUGGAUAACGUGAUGUUGGAUGCUGAGGGCCAUAUUAAGAUUGCAGAUUUUGGAAUGUGCAAGGAGAACAUGCUGGAUGGUGUCACCACAAAAACCUUCUGUGGGACCCCAGACUACAUCGCCCCUGAGAUCAUUGCUUAUCAACCCUAUGGAAAGUCUGUUGACUGGUGGGCCUAUGGUGUUCUACUUUAUGAAAUGUUAGCAGGACAGCCCCCAUUUGAUGGUGAAGAUGAAGACGAGCUUUUCCAGUCCAUCAUGGAACACCAUGUAUCCUAUCCGAAAUCCAUGUCUAAAGAAGCAGUGGCCAUAUGCAAGGGUUUGAUGACUAAGCACCCAGGGAAGCGUUUGGGCUGUGGUCCAGAGGGAGAGCGAGAUAUUAAGGAACACGCAUUCUUCCGUUACAUGGACUGGGAAAAACUGCAAAACAAAGAGGUUCAACCUCCAUUCAAACCCAAAGCAUGCGGUCGGGAUGCAGAGAACUUUGACCGCUUUUUCACCCGUCAUCCUCCAGUCCUGACCCCUCCAGACCAGGAAGUGAUUCUUAACCUGGACCAGGAAGAGUUCCAGGGUUUCUCUUAUGUUAACCCAGAAUACGCAGCUCAGGAGUUCAAGUAGCCGGUAACGGCGCUUGUCACGGGGACCAAUCAGAUUGGAGCUUUUCGAAAAGACUGAGGCACAAUGAGCCGAGCACGACAGAAAGUUCAGAGUGAACCUAAAUCAGAUUUUUAUCAGUGGACCUAGUAUGUUCUUACAUUUGCCCAUGCCUUUGUUUUUUAAUGUUGGUUAUGCAUUACAAAUAAAACGAUAUAUUUUAAACAUGCUCACACACACAUCGGCCAUUCGGUUUUUAGUGGACGCAACAGAUUAAGAGAACUAUGUGGCUUUUAUUAUUCAUUAUUUAGUUCCAGACUCAACAUUUUGAAAGGGGAAUUUUAUAAGUUUCUCAAGAUUUAAAAGAUAUAAACAUAAACUGAAGUGAUUCAGAGUGGUUUGGUGUAACGCUUGCUUAAGCCCUAUUCAUAUUGAUUUAGUUUUACAUGCGGAGCAAUUUGUGGAGUAAUUACACACAGGACAUCUGAACGUUUAAUCAAAUUGACUUAAUCAAAUCUGCAUUUGCAUUGGAUAAGAAAUCACAGCAUUAAUUUUAAUGAUUAAUGAUUUACACACUGUUGACCCCGCCAAAAAUGUCAUAAUAACCAAUAUUGCUACUUACUUACAGUCAAAAACAACAAUUUUGUUAAAAAAAAAAAGAUCAGCUCCAUUUUUAUAACACAGAAUAUCUACCUUAUUAUUUUCCCUAAUGACACAAUGGGGGCCCAUCUUCGUUUGCUUUGUAUUAAAACAUAUUUUAGGGGUAUAUAGCUUAUAAUCUCCAACACUUUUCAAAAAAAGGACCUGCUUCUGUUGUUAUAAGAGCUUUAAAGUUUAAAACUUCCACCCAGACCUGUACAUGUCUGCUCUUACUGUUAGCAGAAGAGAAACCAACACCAGAAACUUUCCUACCCACAGAAAUGGAUCAGUUCUGAAGGUCUGCUGGAGCAGAUGUGUAUCAGUGCUUGAGGAAUUCUUAGAUUGUAGGUUAGCUUUUAGGCUAAUGUCUUACUAAAUCUUAGCAAAUAAAAUGAUCUUAAUUUCAGAACAAUAUUAAACAGAAUGAUCUUAAUCAGUCUUACUAUGAAUUUUCACCUUAUCUUAAGUAAUUUGAACUCUAAAUAAGCACAAUUCACCAAUCAAAUCAUUCUGAUUCAUGUUCUUGAUUCUAAGCCAAAAAAAUAGAAUAUUUUUUGCUUUGAUUUAAUAAUUUUUGCUUAAUUUGCUAAUUUUGCUUGAUUUUUGCUUCACUCGUUUUGAGACUUUAAAAGAAUUAUAGGAAAUCUUACUAAAAUAAAUGUUCUUACCCCAUUGCCAGAUUUAUUUGCCUUAUAUAAGAAUAUUAUUAGGGAUUAUUCACAGUGGUCGUGAAUGGACUUUUAUUUCUUCAGAUUUUCCACAGUUCUAUCAUCAAAAAUAUUACGUUACACAUAGAACUUGUGUAGGUGUCUGUAAAUGUCUGUAUUUUAGUAGAGAAUCUUUCGUAUUCUGGUUUCUUUCUAGUUGUGGUGGGAACAAAGUAUUGUGCUUAUUAAAAAAGUUAUUCCCAUUAUAUUUACUCUCAAAAACUAACAAUAUAACAACCCAUGUUUUGUUAGUUUUAUAUAUUAACAUACCAUUUGCCAUAAGUCAGACACUAGUAUCGUAUCUCAUGGCUUUUUUCAUGUCCCAUGGAAGCUAAAGAUACAUGUAGGGUCUGAUCAAAUAAUUAAUAUACUGCUACCCAUGACUUUUAGCAAGCCAGUGUGUGUAAUUUUCAUGUAAAAGCUUGGCAAAUCUGCUGUAUUAUUGCAUUUUCUUUAAAGAUUUGGCCGUAUUUGUAUCUGUAUUCGCAUCUGUAUUUAACAGUAAGCAAAAAAUCAACCUUUAUAAUUUUUAAUUAUGAAUUGAUUAAAAAAAGUUAAAAAAUUUAGGUCAAAACAUUCUCUCAAAACUACUAGAAAAUACUGUCACUGGUUAAUAUUUAUUAUAUCACAGUUAGUUAUGACCCUGAGAGGCGUUCUAUGAGUACCAUUAUAAGCCAGUAAUGCACUGUAAUCGAAGCUCUCAGUGUAUUACUCCGCCAUAUACAGGUAACCUAGCAACCUAGCAGCACUUACAAGCCAAACAGAGCUAUUAUGGAACUAUUUUAACUGGUGUUUAUAAGUGUUUAUAACCAAACAGAUCAUAUUUUCUCCUCAUCUUUAACUCUUUCAAAUCUUUCAAUAAACAGUGAUAAUGGAACUGUGGUAUGAUCACAAUAAUACACUUGAGGUUUUGUGCUAUAACGUGUAAUAUUGGCACUGCUGUGCUGAUCUAAGGCACACGUUAUAGCAGUCCCUCUCGUGUAUUAUUGCUUAAAUAACUAUGUAAUCAUUUGUGAUACGAGAGCAAUUUUAAAGGAAUUAAACUGAAUCCAUUCACCACCACCGUGAACAAUCCUGACUUAGGUAGGCUCACACCAAACCAUUCUGUUACAAACUGUUACAGUUUUAAGAAAACACCACCAUUACAAACCUGUGAUACGAAGCCUCAACUACAUGAAAUGGGCAUUAUUUUUAAUCAUUUUUAGUACAUUUAAUUAAUGAAUGCUGUAAUUUAACUAUUCUUUAUUGUCUACUAUUUUCUGGGGGGAAAUACUUAUAAAUAUCCUCAAAUGUUUCUCCAAAUGUUUCUCAAACGUGUGAUACUGUAUAUCAACACCCUCACACGCACACACACGCACACACACACACACACACACGCACUCUCCCACACAACCGCCAUGCAGCGUUGAUGAUUCAUUUAAUGUUAUUGAUCAGGUUGUUCACUAGGUCAGCCUGUUCCCUGUCCUUCUUUGGAGAGACAUUAUCAGUGUGUGACUGUGGAUCCCAGACUUUACUACUGCUACACACCAGUGUGCCAAAUCCAAGACCCCCGAGACCACCGGUUAGGGUUCGCUCACGAUGUUUAAUGGAGUCCCUUUCGUCAUGCACCGUGGUGUGAAUAUUAGACAUCAUGCAUGAACUCUCGUCUGCGCUGCAUCUGAGAAAACUGUACUGGAAAUACAUCCUCACUAGAGACUUUAAAACUUCUCUCCAUUCCAGAAGUGGUAUUAUUACUGAAACCAUGAAAAAGACAACAUAUCUUUUUGUGAUUCUUCUGCCAAAUCUGUGGUGUGCUAUUUUUGUUUUUAACCAGACUUCCCUCCAGUAUUUGGAUGAUAUUAACUUGGUUAACUGUGGACAGACUGUUUCUACAUAAGGAAAUUUCAAUUAUAUAUUUGAAAUAUAUUAA